AUUAACAAUUAUAAAGUUGACUAUUAUUCUUAGUUAAUCGUAAAUCGUUGUAAUAUGCUUAUGACAUGCGAAUGCAAUGCUUAGUUAACUUAAAUAAAUCAUGCUUGAUCGAGCCUUCUGAUUGAGAAACGGCCUGUGUCUUUAAGAAACAGCCGGAAGCUGUAGCGGGCCGGGGAAUGCGCGCGCACUUUGACGAGGAAGAACCGAACGCGCCAUAUACACAUCAACAAGGCCAGCGGUCAAAUCACACACAGCUUUGAUCUUCUCAAACAUUCAGAUGAUCAGAAACAGAAAAUGGCGGUCGAGCGGGGCAUUAAAAUGUUGGCGUUUCGAGGAGAUGUGCUGGUGUUCCAAUGCAAAACUUUAAGCUCCAAAAGUCGAGAUCAACGUCGAGGUUCAGAGGUAACAUUCUGCAGUCUGACCUUUGACCCAAACACUCAGAGUUUCUCAAAUAAAGAUCACACCAAGUACCCAUUACACCGGGACAGCGCUGCUGAAACAGACAUUGUUCACUGUUCAUCUGUUCUGGACGUACGACAGAGACGAAAAGUGCCGUGUGUUUUACUGAGACUGUGCAAGAAGAGAACGUCUGCUUUCAAAUACGUACUGUACUCCAUAAACACUCCCACAGAGACUAAGCUUCAAGUUGAAUUUGUGUUGCCGUAUGAAAUACGAGAUAAUAUUUCAAUAUUACAAGGCCCUACAUUGGUCUGGCGUCAUGAAGUCACAGUCUGCUUUAUAUCUUCACAGGCUCCUGGAGUAAAAGAGAUUCCUGUACCCAUGACUGUUAGUUUUAUUGGUGAAGUACCUUUCUAUCAGAGAAAACUAGUGGUUUUAGGUGCCCAUAAUGUUACCAAAAAGAGCCCGGACGAACCACUUAAUGUCACGGGGUUGGAGAAUACAUUGUACUUUAUAGAUGAUGACAGGAGUUUAAAUGGAGAUUGUCUUGUACCUGAUGCCUACAGUUGUGUGAUUCAGUGCAUGACCGUGCUGUCCGCUGAAGACCUCGAUGGUUCUCUGAGAUCUGCUGUGCUGGCGGUCACGAACAUGAAACAGUUGGUGUAUUUUGAGAACGGUGUUCCUCUGGAUGUUUGUCUUCUGCCGUAUGAGAAUCCUCUGAGCAUUCAGACACUUCAUACAGUAAGAAAUGACUGUCUCAUCAUCAUCACCUUCAGUCAGAAGAACGUCUGUGCUGUGUGGAAAGAUACCUUUCAGGUGGGCAGCUGUUGGACUGACGCCCGUCUGAUUCUGGUGGAUGAUUUUUUGGGAUGUGGUACAGAUCAGAUGCUCCUUGUGUUUGAAGAGUCGAUGUCUUCAGGAGAGUUGCUUAGCAACUUCCUCCUCACCGAUCUGUGUGCCAUCACAUAUUCUUGUGGACAGUCAAACGCAGAGAUGUUGAAUACAUCAGAGACAUUACAGGAGAAUUACCUGCUCACCGUUAGAGCCUUAGAGUCACGACUGCAGAGUGGUCUUAACUUCCUUGAGGACCUACAGAGAGAUGUGAAUGUCAAAGAGAGACUCCUACAUCAGACUCUUGUUGCCUUAACUGACCUGAUAUCAGACCGAGAGCAUGUGAUCUCCUCUCCAGAACAGGAGGGGCUUGUUUCUCUGUGGGAUGAUGAUGAUGAUGAUGAUGAUGAUAAAGAGGUGAACAUCACUGAUGAGCGGAUGCAGACUGAAUGUGUUGACGCUCUGAUGAAGGUGAACAGAGUUUGGCAGAGAGUCAUCGGGGAGAGUUUGAUCUGUGGCGUUCAAAUGACAACAACAAAUAACACAUCCUUGAAGAAUCUCAGCGCUUCAAUUAUAGCAGAUUGUCCUGUGGCAGUAAACAGCAGGAUUUUAACACGGCGCUGCUUGACAUCAGACAUGACUGUGUGCCGUGACCCACCACCUGUGAAGAACAUCAGACGAUCUGAUUGUACCGCUGACGACGUCACAUCAACAUUCACACUACUGAUAAUCACUGAUCUUCCUCCUUUAUUGACCUCCGCCAGCAUUAGAUGCCCCAUCAUACUUCAUUACUGCAGUGAAACAUCUUCAUCUGAUCAACCUGCUCGGGUUUCUCACCAUUGCGGGCAGGUUUCAGUAGAUAUCAAAGAUAUUUCCGUGGGGAAGUUAAAUCCACGACUGUUACAGGACAGUAAACUCAAUACAGAUGAGGCUAGAGAAGAUCUCUUCAGCAUGAUGGCGGUAAUGAACACGUGGUCUUUUAUCAUUGAUUGCUGUGAUCACACACUGGUGGAUGUUCAGGGUUGGUUACUGGACGUGAUGCACGCUGAGCGUCUGGAGGUGGAGCCACACUACGCCAUUGGUCCAUCUGCUUUACUGCUCUUUCAUUGGACACAGAAAACUCCUUUCCCAGGGGUUUUAACAGUCAACUGCAGAGACGAGCUGCAUCUGCUGCAGUUUCUGAACUCACUGUGUGAUUUUCUGCCCAUGUCACAUCACAUGCAUCUGGUCAGGACGCCGAGAUCUCGCAGACACGCUGGAGGUCUUUCACAGACUCUAGAGACAGAGAUACAAAGCAUCACACAAGAAGUGCUUUCUGUUCUUCAGUGUGAGGAGAGAGGGAUGAAAAGAGGAGAAAGAUCCUCCUCAGACGCCUCCUCUGAACCACUGCAGAGGUUAAGGGAGGAGUGGCAGAUAGAGAGAGAGAAGUACAACAAGAGACUUCGCCCCCUGGUGGAUGCAACACGUUACUGCAGACUCAUAGAGAGAUGGAUUGACACGCAGAUGAACAGUGAUGUAGUCGCUCUAAUGGAGACACAGGUGGAUUUACCUCCUCUGUAGACAAAGGUCCACCCUCCUUUGACCGCCAGACAUCUCAUCUUAAUCCAUGUUGAAUGAUUAACAACAAGCCUGAGGAGUUUUGGUGAGCUUCUGCUGGGUUCUCCAGAGGUUCCUCUAAUGUUUCUGUGACAUUUCUACACUUUAACACUUAAGCGUCUCUUCUUCCCAGAGGCACACAGAUGAGCCGGUCGCCCGUGUUUACCCUGCAGUUUGUUUUUCACAGAGAGAAAACACGUUAGUCCUAAACCAGCUGAGCUUCAUCCUCACUAGUCUAUCAAUCCCACAUCAUCUGCGCUCUUAAAUGAACGUGAACAUUUUUGGAAAAGAUUAAUCUGUAAUAAA